GACAUGCGAAAAGAAAAAGGGGAUCGUAGCAACUAACAACUUAACAAACAGCAGAGACCGGAGUUAACCUGCAGUUUUUCCUCCACUUAUUUACAGCAACCAUGUAUGAGAUGGAUGAAUCGUAGUGUAAUUGGCGACCCACGGUCAAUAGUAAGCACGUACGGCAUAGGCACCACACAUAAUAUCAAGCCACGUACAGUAAGUAGCUUUCAAUGUGAACGGAGAGAAAUGCAGAAUAUGUUUCCUACCAAAUCAUCCAUCCAUUCAUGUACAAGCGUCCAUCAUCCUCUCGUACUCGCGCUACUUUUCUCAGGUUCUCAAAUGCAUCACAGUGAGCUCCAUGUCGCUCCAUCUUCCCACCGCCAAGAUAUACAAUCCAAAAAAAACGCGCAACUGACUGACUGCUUUUCUUUCCCCUAUUUAACUCGUCAGGAAAAUUGCUAUAGACAAAGUUCACGAAUCAUGCAACCCAUCCACCAAGGGAGCAAGAGUCCGUACCCACCCUCACCACCGGCCGCCGCUGUGCGAGAUAAUCCUGAGAGCAGGACCAGUGGUAAAAGAUAUAGUUAAGGCUAAGGACCGAAUCCAGAAUGAGCCUACCACUAAACGGGAAACCAGAGCCAAAAAGUGUCAAAACUAUACCACCGUGCUA